AGGAAGAAAACAAACCGAUCGGUCAAGACAAACCAACCAGCAACCAAACAAUGAUCCGUUUCAUUGAUCAGUGAUCGGUUAUUUAAAGAAUAAAACGUUAAAAUAAACGGUAACAUGUCUGUCCGACCGGAGAACUAAAUGGAUUCUACCGGACAUUAAAUCUGGAGACACCAACGGCUCUACCGUGUUUCUAACCGCCAAACUGGUCUCCGUUGUUCUCUACUAGCGGCUGCGUGACCUCUGACCCCCACCAUGAGCUCCCGAGUGUGCAGGACGUGCGGGGGGGCAGAUAUCGACGUGGACCAGGCUCGGGGCAGCGCCGUGUGCACCGGCUGUGGCUCGGUUCUGGAGGACAACAUCAUCGUCUCCGAGGUCCAGUUUGUGGAGGGAAGCGGAGGAGUUUCAUCUGCCGUGGGACAGUUCGUCUCCGCUGACGGUCCAGUUAAAGCUCCUCUUCUUGGUUCUGGGUUUCACACCAGCGUUGGGAAAGAGUCCCGGGCCCAGACGCUGCAGGGGGGUAAGCGUCAGAUCCAGCACCUCGGCUCCCAGCUGCAGCUGAAUCAACAUUGUCUCGACACGGCCUUCAACUUCUUCAAGAUGGUGGUCAGCAAACACCUGACGCGCGGGCGCAAGACGGAGCACGUCAUCGCCGCCUGCCUCUACCUGGUGUGUCGCACCGAGGGGACGCCUCACAUGUUGCUGGACCUGAGCGACCUGCUGCAGGUGAACGUUUACAUCCUGGGAAAAACCUUCCUGCUGUUGGCUCGAGAGCUCUGCAUCAACGCUCCCGCCAUCGACCCGUGCCUGUACAUCCCGCGGUUCGCCCACAUGUUGGAGUUCGGUGUGAAGACCCACGAGGUUUCCAUGACGGCGCUGCGUCUGGUGCAGAGGAUGAAGAGGGACUGGAUGCACACGGGACGAAGGCCCUCAGGGCUCUGUGGAGCAGCUCUGCUGGUCGCCGCUCGGAUGCACAAGUUUCGGCGGACGGUGAAAGACGUGAUCAGCGUGGUGAAGGUCUGCCAGACCACCCUGAGGAAGAGACUAACAGAGUUUGAGGACACGCCCACCAGUCAGCUGACUAUCGAUGAGUUCAUGAAGGUGGAUCUGGAGCAGGAGUGUGACCCCCCAUCCUUCACCGCCGCGCAGCACAAAGUCAAGAUGCAGCAGCUGGAACACGAACUGGCCAGGAAACUGGACGAAGUGGAGGGAGAGAUCAGCUGCUACAAAGACGAGAUCGAGACAGAGCUGGAGAAGAGCCGACCCAAGCUCAGAGGAAUCUAUGCCGCCUACGCCAAAGAAAUUGACCCCGAGGGCGUGGAGGUUGCAUCCUCGCUGUCUGAACCCGAGGCGGCGCCAGAGGGCGAAGAGGACGAGCUGCGAGCUGCCGCCGAUCACCUGACGCAGAACUUCCUGUGUCAGGUGAUCCAGGAGGAGGAGGGGCGGGGCCAGAAGAUGGGGGAGGGGUUAGAGAUGGAGGGGGCAGGACCAGAGAGGGAGGAGGCAGGGCUAGACAUGGAGGGGGCAGGACCAGAGAGGGAGGAGGCAGGGCUAGACAUGGAGGGGGCGAGACCAGAGAGGGAGGAGGCAGGGCUAGACAUGGAGGGGGCGAGACCAGAGAGGGAGGAGGCAGGGCUAGACAUGGAGGGGGCGGGACCUCAGCGCCAGGCUGUCCCGCUGGCUGACAUCCUGGGGAACCUGGCCAGUCUCCAACAGACCUUCCAGACCUUCAGCGAGACCGGAGAGAAACCAGACGAUGAGCAGUCGGAGAGCGGCGAGCUGGACCUGAUGGGGAUCGACGACCACGAGAUAGAAAAGUACAUCCUGAAUGAGCGGGAGGUUGAGGUGAAGACAGAGCUAUGGAUGAAACAGAACGAGGAAUACCUGAAGGAGCAGAAAGAGAAAGAAGACAGGAUACAGAAAGAGAAAGAACAGGGGACGUACAAAGAGAAGCCGAAGAAGAAGAAGAAGAAAGUGCCGGUGGCGGCGUUGACGGCGGGCGAGGCGAUCGAGAGGAUGUUGGAGAAGAAGAAGAUCUCCAGUAAGAUCAACUACGACGUCCUGCGGGACCUGAACAGCCGCGGGACAGGAAGUGGGGGGGGCAGCAGUCCCAGCAGGUCAAACGCCGAGGUCGACCCCCCCACGGCCGCCGCCGCCGCGAAACGCCUCAACCGCCGCCGCCGCAGGAAGAACAGCGACGCUAACAGAGACCUCGCGGCUAACGCUAGCAUCAUGGGGAAGAGGGUGCGCCUCCUCCUGUCCUCCACGUCUAAGAAGAAGAAAACGGCGCUCCAGGCAGAAAACCCCGUCACCGUGGCAGCAGCUGAGGUGACCUCUUACCCCUCCCCCCCGCCGGCCGGCGCCGUGGUGGAGGCGGAGGAAGAGGAGGAGGAAGAGGAGGUGGUGGUGGAGGAGGAGUGCGUCAGCGCUCUGCAGCUCGUCGGAGAUUAUGGCUGUGAGGAAGAGGAAGUCUUCUAG